CCCGCAUGCGUUUCACCUCGUAGUUGAGCGCCAAGUCCGGGAGACACGGAGCUUAUGGACAGUCAGUUUGGCGCUUUAUCCGGGCGAGAACGCUUCACUUUAAGUGGGUUGGCGACACUUGGAGUUAAUGAUGGUGUGCUGCUGUGCGGUCUGCUGAAAUCCGUUCUGCUGGGGAACAUUAGAUAAACUGACUGUGUGGUUCUACUAGAGCUGGCUGGAGGAGAACGCAGGGGGGGCUGCUGCGCGCAUCCGCUGGAGAUCCACCAUCCACUGUAGCGGAGAAAUUACCAUCCAAGACAAACACUAGAGACAGAGAGAGACAGAGAGAGAGAUAGAGGAACUGACUGUCUGUAUUUCUUCUUCUAUUUCACAUCCACACAGUCAUAUAAAUACACACACACAGCACACACUCACAGCCUCAGACAGGCAGGCGCUGGAACCCGCUGGAAGUUUGGAGGAAUCCGCAGGAGCGCGUUUUCUACAGGAUUUCAGGCUCUCCUCUUUUCGGGGUGUUACGUUACUCGGACGCAGGAUAAUAAGCCUGGGUGUUUUUUGAGCCCUCGUACUCGGAGUACCGUAUCUCAAGUUGUGGAAGUUUGCGCGCGCGUGUGUGUGUUUUUGUGCGCAGCGACGGGGGAAAAACAUGGGCUUAGCCGGCUGCCUCGCUCUGCCGUGGAAAUGCCUGGUGGUGGUGGCGCUAAGACUGCUGUUCCUUGUGCCCGCAGGAGUGCCGGCGCGGAGCGGGGACUCGUAUUUAAAGGACAACAUCACGGUGAGGCAGGGGGACAGCGCCGUGCUCAAAUGCAAUGUGGACAGCAAGGUAUCGCGGGUAGCUUGGCUGAACCGGACCACCAUCCUCUUCACGGGGAAUGAGAAGUGGUCCCUGGACCCCCGAGUGGUUCGCCUGAACAACACAGUGGACACGGAGUACAGUAUAAAGAUCCUGGACGUGAACUUACACGACGAGGGGCCGUACGUCUGCUCCAUCCUCACCAACAAGAAGCCAGAGUCCACCAAAGUUCAUCUCAUAGUACAAGUUCCAGCCAGGAUCGUGAACAUAUCUCCGAACAUAACGGUGAACGAGGGCAGCAACGUCAGCCUGAUGUGUUUGGCCAUCGGUCGACCUGAACCCAACAUCGUAUGGAAAUACCGCUCAGCCAGGGGUCGUCGGGUUGUCAACGAGGGGGAGUAUGUUGAGAUGACUGCAAUCACCAAAGAGCAGUCGGGACCGUACGAGUGCGUCUCUUCCAACGAAAUCUCGCCCCCGGACGUGAGGACGGUACAGGUCACAGUUAACUAUCCUCCGGUCAUUUCGAGGGCUCGCAGCACAGGAACCCCUGUUGGCCACAGAGGGGUACUGCAGUGCGAGGCAUCAGCGGUUCCGCUGGCUGACUUUCAGUGGUAUAAAGAAGAUCGACCCCUCGUCAACGGACUCAAUGGAGUGAAAAUAGAGAACAAAGGUAAACAGUCCAUGCUCAUAUUUUUCAAUGUGUCUGAAGAGGACUACGGAAACUACACCUGCGUUGCCAUGAACAUGUUGGGCAUCACAAACGCGAGCAUAAUCCUGUACGGUGCAGGAGCGAUGCAUGAUGUGAACAGCGCUGCACUUUGUCCAUCCAUCUCCCCCUGCCUGCUGCUCGCCCUCGCUCUCUUUUACCUGAGCAAGUUUUGAUGCUAGAGACCACCCCCUGCAUCAGCUCCACUCGGCAUUAAACACACAGACAGACUCAAAAGGCCCAUAAAUAGAGCAGAUUUCAUUUCAGUUCUUCUUCUGAUUAUUAUUAUUAUUAUUAUAAUGAUGAUGAUGACUAUUAUUGUUAUUAAUAUAUUGUCUUCGGUUUGGAUUUUUUACUUUGCCUUACCGUUAUUUUUUGGGGGAGGGUUAGGAACCGGGGCUCUGGGUGUAAUCUGGGCUAAUAUGAAUAAUAUGAGUCUGUUCUAAGAGAAUAAUACGAGACCGCAUAAGGGUUCUUUGGUUUAAUGGUUAGAGGUAAUAGUAGAACCACAGUGUGUGUGUCUCUCCAACCUUUUGUAUGUAAAAGAACAGCAAAACGUCAUGUGAUUGUGGAAGAAAAAAAAAAUAAGAACAAAACAAAACAGAAAAAAAAAUGGCUGGUUUUGCUCAGUAUUCAAGUGUGUGAAUUGGGAAUUUCUGUGUCACGUCAGAGUUCCUUGUAAAAUAACAUGAGAUUAAUUUUGUUUUUUUUGUUUUUUAAAUAAUCGAUAAAAGUGCAAAAAAAAAAAACUAAACAAAAAAAAAAAACGAUGUGAUAUAUGAUUUACUGUACUUGUACAGACGUAUACAGUGGAAUACUUGCAGUUCAUUCAAAUAUGAGUACGGUCAACCUAUGCGUAAUAUAGCUCACUUCCUGAAAACAGUCUGGUGCGUACUAUAGUGUCCAUUCCUCAUUAAAUACUGUUGUUGCCAUUCCUAAAGAAUCACUGAUCACUGCUACAUUACGACACACAGGCUGUCAUAUGUAGGUUAGUCACCUUACCUGAUCUUUUAGGUGUUUUUACUGAUGAUUUAACGCUUUCUUUUACAGUCCUGUGUUCAGUUCUGUUUUUUCGGUAAUAACCAGGUAACUGUGUGAGGUACAAACCCCAAAUAAAGGCAUCGAACUUUUAGACCCCAGAAUAGAACCCUGAGGGACUCUGCAAGCCACAGUUUGCUUAGUGCAACAGUAGUUUGUUACAGUGCCUGGCCAAAAAAAAUAAAAGUCGCCACCUGGAUUUAAGUAAGUAAAUGAUGUGGGGAUGAUGGUUGAUGCUGCAGUUGGUUUUGCAGGUUUAGGUUCAGCAACAGUAUGUGCUGCUGAAAGAAUGAGGUCAGCUGACUACAUGAAUAUACUGAAUAUAGACCAGGUUAUUCCAUCAAUGGAUUUUUUCUUGAUAAUGCCUGGAUUCAUGGGUCUGGAAUUGUGAAAGAGUUCAGAGUUCAGGGAGCAUGAGAUCAUCAUUUUUUUACACAUGGAUUGAGAGAGUUCACCACAGAGUCCAGACCUUAACCUCAUUGAGAAUCUUUGGGAUGUGCUGGAUGGAGAAGAGCUGCUUUGUGCAGCGGUCAGACUCUACACUCUAAGAAAUAUAAGUACAGAUUUGUACUUAAAAGAGUACAAAGCUUGUCGCUGGGGCUGUACCUCAUAUUAAGGUUCAAAAAAGUACCUUUCAGUGAAAGUCCUUUUUUGUACCCAUGGUUUUUGUGCCAGUAUAGAUUAUAAAGAUUAUAAACAUUGUCAUCAACUAAAAAUGGCUCAAAAACUUGAUGAUACAAAAUUGUCUGGCUUUCAAAUAAAAAAUGUGCAAUUUAAAUAUAUACUGUUCAUUAGUACAGUGAUGCAGAAUACUGAAUGUACCUUUUGGCUGGUUAAAUGGUACAAAUCUGUACUUAUUGCUGUUAGGAUUUACUUUGUACUUCAGAGGGAACAAAUCUGACCCCGUAAAGACCAAUAUUGUACCUUUGAGGGUACAGUUAUAAAGAAUGUACCUUCGAGUACAAAAAAGUACUCAUAUCGUACCUCUGUUUUUUAGAGUGUACCAUCAUCAAUGCUGCUGCAAGAUCUUGGUGAAAAAUGAUAUCCAGCAACACUGGAUUGAAAUAAAUCUUGUGAUGUUGCAGAAGCUUAUCGAAACAAUGCUACAGUGAAUGCAUGCACUAAUCAAAGCUAAAGGCGGUCCAACAAAAUAUUAGAGUGUGUGACCAUUUUUUUUGACCAGGCAGUGUAUUUACACAAAAUUAUACCUGAACAAGAUCUGAAAAAUGUUUUUCUAAGAGAGUGUUAAAGACAGAGAAGCUUAGUUACACUGAGCUGCAUAAAACAUUGUUAUAUAUGCUGUUCUUUUCUGAGUCCUGUGCAAUUAUUUUGGGUGAUUAACUUUAUGAAGCUACAGGACAUAUUAAAGUAUCCAGUAUAUGCAGUAAAAGUAAAUGAAUGAUAAAUAACCAUUCUAACAAGUACUGCUUUCUUUUACAGUCCAAAAUCACUUUAUAGGUCUUUAAAUGUCUCCUAUGAGAAUAAGAUUCAAGAUUAAUAAUUACUAAUACCUGCACACACUUUUAGUUCCAUAAGGAAUAGAGAUAUGUGAGUGUGUAUUAGGUUAGGUUAUAUUAGGUCAUGUUCUUCACACACAUCUCGAUUAACGAUUGCCUAUUUAGUUCCAUAAAGAGUGAUCUAAAAACACCUAGCACCUUUUGUCUGUACCCACCCAUGUUUCUUGUAAGCAAAAGUACUGGAACAGAUCAACUUAAAAAAGAAAAAAAUGAAUAAGACUAUAAUAAAAAUAAAAUAAUUGCUUGCAAUCACUGUGUCAAGCCUGUGACAGCUCAGUGAUCGUUACUGACAUCAUUAACUUUGGCAUUCCUCUUGUGUCUUGUGAUGCUUUCCUAGGCUUUCACUGCAGCCUCAGGCUUUCAGUUGGUGUUUGUUUUGGGGGGGUUACUCCCUUCAGUCUCCCCUUAGAGCACACAAAGAGCCCAGCAGCUACAAUGUACCAACAUUUUACCAAUUUUCUGAUCUGUAAAAUUUAGACACAAACUAUUACAGACAGGGGAGAGCUGUUACAUCAGAUAAGAACAUUUUAAAACUUGAGUAAAAUGAACAUGAGCAUUUAUUUGCAGAAAAUGAGAAAUGGCUGACAUAACUAAAAAAAAGACCUUAAAUAAUGCAAAGAAAACAAGGUUAUAUCCAUAAAGUUUUUUAGUGUUUAGAGUUUAGAAAUCAAUAUUUGGUGGAAUAACCCUUUUUUUUAAUCACAGUUUUUAUGUAUCUUGGCAUCAUGUUCUCCUCCACCAGUCUUACGCACUGCUUUUGGAUAACUUUAUGCUGCUUUACUCCUGGUGCAAAAAUUCAAGCAGUUCAGCUUGAGGUUUGAUGGCUUGUGAUCAUCCACCUUCCUCUUGAAUAUAUCUCAAAUUGGUAAAAUCAAAGAAACUCAUCAUUUUUAAGUGGUCUCAACUUAGUGUAAAAGCCACACACAAUCACCUGGUUAAUACACAGAACUGUAAGUACUGUAAAAGAAAGAGUUUAUUUCAUUUAUUUCUAUUUCUAUUUCUUUACAGUAAAUAUAGACACACUUGUAUGUUUAGAACGUAAGCAACACAGUGGGUUUACUUUACAGAAUGUGAUGUAACACAUGGUGGGAGUUGGGGUGUUAUCUCUAUAUGCUUUAACUGGAAGGAGGCCUGAAUUGUAAUGCCUGUUGCAAACAAAUUUAAUCAAGUUGUCUGUCAUAUGAUACGACAUGAGAUUUUCUUAUUGUUUUCAUCUUUGUUCAUUUUUAAGAAUACACACCUGCCUCCUCUCUUUCUUUUUUUUUUCUUUGUUUGUCUACGCUCAGUUGAGGUAUUUUACCAGUGUUCUUUCUCAGGUUUUAAGGGAUGACUUUAAUUUGUGUGUGGCUGUGAAUGUCAAUGCUUAUGGCAAAAAGGAUAUUAAACGUAAGGCCAAGACUACUGUUUGCUGAAUGCUAUCUUCCGAGGACUGGUUUUAUGUAUACAUGCUAUAAAAGUUGUAUUUUAUUACACUACAUAUUAUACGCAUAUUAACGUAAUUCACGUUUCACUAUGUACAUGGCGGUAGAACAUUAUGUAGAAGUGUACCUACAGUAGAUACGGAUACAGAUCAGAUUUUUUAUUCGUUUUUUUUUUUCCCUGAAAAUCUUCUCCGCCGAUGUCCCCUAGUGUUGAUAUGUAACCUUGAUAAGCUCGCCAUUUUCUCUGUCACACCUCCGCACCUGUUACUCUGUCUCUAAAAGCUGACCUGGAACGCAGUCAACACCUUAAUGAGGAGAUUUGGACGCUUCCCAAAGAGAGACAGUAAUCAGCCCAUGACAUUACGCGAGCUAACAGAACGCGCACACACACACACACUCACACACACACUGACACACACUCGCACACACACUGACACAAACUCGCACACACACACACACACACACACACACACUGACACAUGCACAGUGCUUAUGUAGAGCUUAGAAAUGAGACAAUGUGCAUAGAGGAACCUGACACUGUGUCUCCACACUGAGCCCUAUAGCAGCACCACCAGCAACAAGCAAGGAGGAUGGUGAAGGGGACCAAGCACCACUGAACAGUCAUAUCAAUACUGAAGCUCUGCUCCACAAGUGAUAGUUUGCCCAAAAGAUUCAUUUACACAACACACAGUCAGUCAGUCAGUCAGUCAACCAAAUGUAUACAUUUGGUUCCACAAAAAUAUUAAUCCUUUAAAAAGCAGCACAUCCUAACAUGAGGUAUAAUCUGUUAAAUGGACUUUUUCUGUUCUCAAGUUAACUGAUUCAAGUUGAACAUCAUAAAAAGAUGUACUGUAAUUUUGGAGCAUUUAUUCUAGUCCAUUUUUUUAUUUUACAAACUUUUACACCCGGUAAUUCACAACUGCCCAAUUCACAGUCAAAAAAAUUCAAAACAUCAAAAUCUGUUGAAAUACCAAUAGCGCCCCCUUUUCAAUCAAUCAAUCAAUCAAUCAAUCAAUCAACCUUUAUUUUGACUCGGAUGUACAUUGAGGGCAACGCUCAUUUUUAAUGUAGCCGAGCAAUUACAAAAACCAGGGAUUGACAUGACAGAGAAAAUAAUAGCAAAUUUUAAUUAUUGUAAAAUAGCAGUAAAUAAAAUAUAAAAAUAGAUAAAAAAUAAAAAUAGAAUUAGAAUAAAAUAGAAAAAAAAAAUAAAAUUAAUGAUUAUAAUAAAGUAUGGUUUAAUUGAUAAAAAAUUAAGAUCAAAAUAAAAUAGGACUAAUACAACAAAAAUGUGUUAAAAUGAGCUAAAACUAACUAUUACACAAUACAAUAAAAAUACAAAUAAAUAAAUGAACUAAAAAACAAAUGUGAAGAAUCUUCAUCCUAAAUAUAAUUAAUCUUCAGCCUGAAUAGAAAUAACUUUUGGCUCAUUUUUAUUAGUCCAUUAAGUAUAAAAUUUGACAUCAGGUUAUUAACAACCUGAUUCACAUCCCAAAAAAAGUGAAAAACUCUUUGAGUACUAAUAGCGCCCCCCCUGUGAAGAAUCUUCAGUUUGAAUAAAAUUAAUUUUGGUGCAUUUACAUUAGAGCAUUUAAUAUAACAUCUGACAGCAGGUAAUUAACAACUGCCCGAUUCACAUUGUGUUAAAAAGAUGAAAAAAAAAACAGUUUGAGUACCAAUAGCGCCCCCUUGUGAAGAAUCUUUAGCCUGAAUAGAAUUCAUCUUCAGCCUAAAUAGAAUUAAUUUUAGCCCAUUUCUAAUAAUCCAUUUAAUAUAAAAAUUGACAGCAGGUAAUUAACAACUGCCCAGUUAUAUUAUAUUAUAUAUUAUAUAUACUAAUAGCACCCCUUGUGAAGAAUCUUCAGCUUGAAUAAAAGUAAUUUUAUCGCAUUUUUAUUAGUCCAUUAAGUAUACACUUUGACAAUAGGCAAUUAACAACUGUCUAUUUCACAUUUUGUAAAAAAAAAAAGUAAAAAAAAAACAAAAAAAACUAAUCGAGUACCAAUAGCGCCCCCUUGUGAAGUCUCUUUAGAUUGAAUAGAAUUAAUUUCGACACAUAAUUUCUAUUAAUCCAUUUUUUUUAUUCCAAUGGACAUCAGCUAAUUAACACAUGCCGAUUUAUAUUUUGUCGAAAUUAACAACUGCCCACUUUACAUUGUGUCAAAAAAGUGAAAAAACGUCUGUUUAAAAACAUUACAGAUAGCGCCCCCUUUUGGAGAGUCUUCAGCCUGCUGAACCUGAGUGAGUAUUUAAGUGAUUAAAAACGAGGCACUGAGAACUUGAUAAAGUGCACGGCUAGUUUAUUUGAAUACGCACAGUAGCUUUAGGUAGUUUUCCAUUCGCCGCCAUCUUGAAACUAAUCCGCCAUCAGUAGCAUUGUAAGCCUGUUGGGAGCAUAGGCUAAAAGCACUGUAUUUUUGAAUGCUGGUGGUGAACAGAGGUGAGCUAUUUGAACAAAAAGUUUGAUCUUAAUUUCACACCGGAUGUUUUUUUCUUUAGGCAAUGAUUCUUGUAUACAAGAAGUAUUGAAGUACUGAGGUAUCAAUUCUAAGUUAGCAUGAUGCUAAUCAUUCAGUAGAAGAGUCACUAGUACUACUUAUUAGCCAAAUUAGCCUCUUACAGUGCACAUAUCCAUAAUAGCUACAUAGUUAACAUGUGUUAUUGAUAUAAAAUGCAGUUUAAGUUCCUUUUCAGAGAGCGUGCUCCUCCUAAUAUUCCUCCUCCAUUAUUUACUAGCUAGCAGCUAGCUAGUAGCCUUGUAGCUAGCCCCUUAGCAAAACUACUACGUAGCAGUAGAAGCUAGCAUCAGACACCAAACAUACCUGCAGUACCUAGGCUGACUGACUGAUUGAAUUUGUUGUUUGGGGAAAAUUGAGCACAAACUAUUACUUUAAAGUUUCCCAUAUUCACCGAGCCCCUAAAGUGAUAUGUUAUUAAGGCAUGGGAAGGAGAUUCUAAGUUGUGGCCACGACUUACUAAGGCGUGGAAAUUAGAUAAUUAAGGCAUAUGAAUGAGAUAAUUAAGUCAUGGCCACGACUUAUUAAGGCAUGGGUGCAAGAUAAUUAAGUUAUGCUUGCUUUUCUGUAAACUGGCUUUGAGUUACGAAGGCAAUGGAAUAAAAUCCUAAUGCAUGGCCACAACUUAUUAAGGUGUGGGAAUGAGAUCCUAAUGGGUGGCCAUGACUUUUCGAGGCAUGGGAACCGGAUCCUAAUGUGUGGACACAAAUUAUUAAGGCGUGGAAACAAGAUCCCAAGGUGUGGCCACGACUUUUUAAGGCAUGGGGACGAGAAUGUGUGGCCAUGAGUUAUUAAGGUGUGGUAACAAGAUCCUAAUGCGUGGUCAAGAGAUAAUUAAGGUGUGUCAUGACCAAAAAUUAAUAAGGCGUGUGAAUGAGAUUAUAAUGCGUGGCCAUGAAUUAUUAAGGCAUGGGAACGAGAUCCUAAUGUGUGGCCUACGACUUAUUACUGCAUGGAAAUAAGGACCUUAAGGUAAGGCCACGACUUAUUAAGUCAUGGGAAUGAGAUCCUAAAGUAUGGCCAAGACUUAUUAAGGCGUGGAACCAAGAGCCUAAUGUUUGGCCAUGACAAAUUAAGGCAUUAAAAAUGAGACCCUAAUGUUUGGCCACAACCUACUAAGGCAUCGGAAUGAGAUCCUAAGGAGUGGCCACAACUUAUUAAGGCGUGGCAAUGAGAUCCUAAUGUGUGGCCAUGAGUUAUUAAGGUGUGGUAACAAGAUCCUCAUGCAUGGUCACACGAUAAUUAGGGUGUGUGAAUUAUAUGAUUAAGUCAUGGCUGCAAAUUAAUAAGGCGUGGGAAUGAGAUCCUAAGGAAUGGCCACAACUUAUUAAGGCCUGGGAAUGAGAUUCUAAUGUGUUGCCACAAGUUAUUAAGGCGUGAGACCCGUGUACCCUUCUUAGGCAGUCAUAUUGUGCAAAACCCCUGAGACUUUGUGGCCACACCCUUAAUAUCUCGUUCCCUAAUAAGUUGUGGGCACACAUUAUUAUUAUUUUUCAACAUGAUGUCACCUUAGGGGCUCCGUACAUAAUAGCUACACACGUCUGAGAGUUUAUAUCCUGGAGGAUAUUUUAAAGCUGUGGUUUAAAGUUAAAGGUAAUUCAGUCUGUGGUGUUGUGCAUGUGCUACCGGAACUAUUUCUAUUAAUAAUUGCACUAGAUGAUGAUGAUGAUGAUGGUGAUCUGAUUGGUGGCCACAGUGUAAUGUAAGUGUAAUGUGUAGACCUGCAGUUUAUUGUUCUGGUGUUAGCGUGUGGUGAUGGAGAGAUCUUUUAUCUUUUAUUCCACCUGCGAUGAGAUGACGUCUUUUUUUUUUCCAGCAUGCAAAAUGGCUAAUAACGUUAGCUGAUCGCUAGUUUAAUACGAUCGAUACGAAAAGCUUCAAUGCUAACCGACUGUUUGAGCACUAGGAGUACAUUAUAUUACACCCGAACUAUCUAGUACCAUGAUACCACAGUAAUUCAGAGUAGAUCCUUUCAGUGAGGAGAUUCACAUCGAUGCACUGUCGUGAAAAAUGUACUAAUAUGCAAUCUGAAAUCAUAUGAUUCGUUUUCCUGCACUAGAAAGUUAAUUUACUGGUUAAGUGGGAUGAAAUGUAGAAACGAUAUCGAAUUCUUUUUUGCUAGCAUUGUGCCUUUCGUGCAUGUCAAAAAAAAAUAAAAAAAACGAAAACUGAAAAUGGAAAAAGUUGUAAUAAUUAGUGUGGAUUAACAGUAAAACACUGGAAGCGAGUGCUGCGACUCGUCCAUCCUCCACAUGUGUACAUGUUUGUAGAUGUGUACAUGCGUGCUCAGCUUGAACAGAAUGACUGUUCUGAUUCGAAACAGUUCGACAUAUGCAAGGCAUGUUCUAGAUCGUUCUUACCAAGCGUGUUCAUUUGCGUAUGCUGGAAACCACUGAUUGGUUGGAAAUCAAUCUAAGCCACUUUUCUGUUAAAAGCUGAAAAAAGUUCUGUUUAAUUUUUGUAUUCAAAAUAAAGAUAAUAAAGUGACUUAUGCUAAACAUAUAGAUUGUACUAUAGGCUAUUUCUGUGUACAAUUUUGAGUAACUAAUGUUGAGUCAACUGAACUUUUUUUCUGUAGUGCUGUUCCCAAAAAAGUGGAAAUGCAAAUGAUGCCGACUUCAUAUUGGAUUUAAUCCAAUAUUACUGAUUAUUCAAAUGCUAUUGUUUUCUUCACCAGCGUCAUAAUGCAUAUUAUAGCCACACCUACUGCACAUUAUAAUCUAUAGCUCCAGCAAGGAUAAUAUGGUAAUCUGUUCUUAUUUUGGGGGUCUUAUUUUUUAACAUCUUGAUUAACAAUAUUCUUCAUGUUCCACAGAAAAUAUCAUCUUUUCUUGCACUGAACAGAUUGUAGAACUCUGAAGUCCGUCAAUCUAUGACAAGCAUAUACAGUUUACACAAACAGUUUGGGCACCCCUGACCAGAUUGCAUAUUUUGUUGAUUUUUGAAGAGAAAAAAAAGUUUCUCUACAUUGUUCCUGUGCUGCUACCACACAACCCAGCUCAUCAAUAUAAAAUACCAUCAAGUUAACAGUUUUUUUUUUAAUUAUUAAAUUCGAUUCUUGUUUUGCAUUUGUGUCCAAAGUCUAUUUUAACUAUUUUAAAAUAGUUUAAAACAGACUUUCCAUACUUCAGACAAGGUGACUGACACAAGACAUGUUUCCUUCAGAUGUCACUAUUUCCAGUGCACACCAUGUUAAUAAAAGCAAUGCUGCACAGUAGAAUAGUGCACCACCACGUACUCCUGGCUACUGUUAGCUAGCCCUUUCUUCAGGCCAUUUCCCUGAUUACAUGCCAAUGUGGAGCCUGGAUAUGGAUAGCUCAAAGUUUUUUUCCCACAGUUUCCAUACUGACCCUGCAUAUGAAUGCCUUCCUGGGUCAAUGAUGGAACCAGGAGGGGUUAAAAAUGGGCCCCAUCUCUCAGUUGUAUACUGCUUUGGGAAGCCCAACUGGGUUCCAGUAACAACACAGGGACAUUGCCCACCUGGGACCCACCUAGGCUACAUUCCACACGUCAGCCCCACAUGUCGACAUGGUUGUGAUAUGGAUUGUGAUAUGUGUUUUGAUUUGCUUUGUCUUUGUAAUCUGCAUAAGCAGUUCUACAAGUAUCGUCUACGAGUAUUGUCUUGGUCCAGAUGUUGCCUUGACUUCCACACUUCCCCUGAACUGUCAGUAAACUAAGAACUAACAAGGUUAUUGAGUUCCAGCUGUCCAGACAUUUGAACAUGCUACCGUUGCUAUUUUAUUUAUUAGUUUAUUUAUGUUUAUUAGGUUAAAACUGCUUUAAUAUAAUGCUUUUAUAAAAGUUGUUUUUAUGUGUUUUACCUAUUCAUUUUUCUCUUCAAAAAUCAACAAACGGUGUAUAUGUGGAAAAAAAUGCAUAUAACUGUACACAAACAACUAGGGUGACAUUAGUUUACAUUCAGUUUAGCUCUAAAUUGUCCUGAUUGUCCCUUUAAACAUUAACAAAGAUUACAUUAAGAUAUUGUAUGGACAUAAAGAAGUCUAAACAGUUUUAGGGUCUGUUUUAAUUGAGAUGUUAAGCAGUGGUGAAUAAAUUGAAAUGAAUGACAAAAAAAAUCUGAGGUGUUCCUGAUCCACAGUACUUCUUGCUGAGUAGUAUUUCACUGUCUAUUUUUGGACAUCCUGUAUAUUGGCUUUUUAUUUCUCUGGCUUGUCUCUAACCUGUUAAAACUGUAGAAGAUUGAAAGAAAGAGUCUCCCCAGACUUCUCCGGUGAACUCCAUGUGCAUGCACAGACGUAGUUGUAUUAUUAUUAUUAUUACUAUUAUUAUUUUUUUUCUUUUCUUUUCUAUUGGAGAAUGAGUAAAAGAAUAUUGUAUCUGUUCUGUGUAAUAAAGUUCAGAAUAUUUUCUUCUA